GGACCUCCCGCCCACUCCCGUCUCUGAACCUCCCGCGGGAGAGUGGAGGCCGCUGGGGUUGCUCGCGCCGAGUCCAACCAUGAGGAGGAUUUCACGUCGGAAGCGGGGACCCAGCGCGGGUGCCAAGGCUGAGGAGGAGGAGGAAGAGGAAGAGGAGGCGGUGGCGGCGGCGGCGACUCCCCGCAGAUCCGGCAAGAAACCGCUCAGUCAGAUCUUCCAGGAGUUGGAGGCGCAGGCGGUCGAAGAGGGGCUGCGGUCGGAGGAGCCGUCGGCCGGCGAGGAGGCCUCGUCCGCCUCCGCCGAGUGGGACACGAAAGCGGCCAAGAGGUCCUGCCCGCUGGGUCCCCACGGGCUCCGCGGAGACGAGGCCGUGCCGGGGCCCUCGACCCUGCCGGAGCCUUCAAUCCUUUCGGAGCCCUCAAUCCUUCCGGGGCCCGAGGAGUCGAGGCCUCAAGAGAACUUCGUCGUGUUCCACUGCCUGGACUGCUUCGCCGUGCUCGGGGACUCGGUGCAUCUGUGCGGGGAAGAGACGCGCCUCCUGAGCGUCCUCAUCUUAAGCCGAAUCACACAUAAUGUCAUUUUGGAUAAGUCCUUACUGGUUGGCAUUGAAGGUGCUCUCCUGGGCAGUACCUACAAUCCUUUAUUCUGCCAGUCUUGUGGGCUUUCUGUAGGCUUCAGACUUUACUCUACAUAUGCAACCUUUUCUGACUUGAAGGGUCUCUUCUGCCUUUUUAAGAACAGCAUUGUGUGCUACUUUUUAAAAACAAAAUCUAUAGUAAAUGCAUUGGAGAUGGACUUUCCUGCUAAGUGUCUGAAUGCUCCAAUUUCAAAGCUGAAAGAGAAGAUUAUGAUGAUGGACUCUAACUUAACAGCAAUAAUUGAGGAUCUGAAGAGGAUUAUCCAUGGACCACUGGAUGUAGAGCUAGAUUAACAUUUGAAUCAAACAAACCUUUAAGAGGAGGGUUUGUUUUUUGUACUAUGAUCUCAGGAAGUAUCUAAUGAUAUGUGUGUAUCCUGUCUUGACUUUGGUUGAUUUCUGACUUGCAUACUCCUACCCCUAAAUAUUCCUUCUCUUCUGGUUAACCAGAUAUAUUGAUAAAUUGCAACUGGAAAGCAAGGAGGUAAGGAGAAAGCUUUGAAAAAACAUUAAGAUUCCAGUUUCAUAAAGUAAUUCAUAUUUGAGAACAUUUCUUAGCAGGUGAGCUUAUUGAGACUUCUCUUCAAUGUUGACCGUUUUGUGGUGCUUCAGAAUUCAGUUAUGUUUUUGUUUUUUUUUAGAAUUCAGUUAUGUUAAAAAAAAAUUUCAGCUUAGUGUAGUCCCUUUUUUAAAAAAAGAAAAUAUUCAAUAACUAUAAAUUCAAAAGUUAUUUGUUGUUUUAGUGGGUUGUAUGUGCCCCAAACUUAAGAUGUAUGAUUGUCCUCCAAAUGUUUCUUUUGUUUGAAGUAUUAAUUAAAAGUAAACAGGAUAUUAAUUUAAUUUUAACCCUGUACAAAUUGUUUAUAUAAAUAUUGCCAAAAUCUCGACACACUGUAUUUUUGCAGCAACUUGAUAUUUAUUUUUCUUAUGCAUCUUUACAGAAUUUUUCUUACCUAUGAAUCUCUACUUAGUUUUGAAAAUAGUAAGUUAUUAAAAGAACUUGGAGAAAA